AUGGAAACAAGCCUUUAUCUGGCCACCGUCGUGAACACUCCAAGGGUCUGCAGCAUCGUUUCCCAGACUACGAUGAUGAAGAAGGAAGUCAGUCUGAACCUGGACGACCAGAACUCCCACCUUAAAUCUAACUCUCUUCGGGACACAGAGGGACUUCUAAACUCGCCAGAAUUAGGACUCCUAAAAUUAACGACUCCGGACCUUGAGCGUCUGAUCAUCCAGUCCAACGGUCUAAUAGCCACCAACCCCACUUCCCAAUUCCUUUAUCCAAAAUCAGCCAGUGAUGAACAGGAGUUUGCCGAAGGUUUCGUGAAGGCACUGGAAGAUCUACACAAGCAGAACCAGCUGAGCGAAACUGGGUGCGUCGCCACGGAUAGACUGGAAAUACUUGGAUCGCCCAGCGCAGCCGGGUCCACUGUACUUCAGACAUCAGACCUGCCCGUAUACACAACUUUGAACGGUUAUGCGGCAAGUCCGCUGGGAGCCACGACCAUAAAUUACUCCACGGACACAAUUCCGUUUCCACCUCCUCCGUCUCAUGUAACCACCGCGCAGCAACAGGCUGCUAUGUCACGACUCCAUUCCGUCGGUGUGGUUAAAGACGAGCCCCAGACGGUUCCAGACAUGCAGAGUUUCGGUGACAGUCCUCCUUUGUCUCCCAUUGACAUGGACAACCAGGAACGCAUUAAGGCAGAGAGGAAAAAGUUGCGGAACAGGAUAGCGGCUUCCAAAUGUCGCAAAAGAAAACUUGAGAGGAUCUCCCGGUUGGAGGACAAGGUCAAGACUCUGAAAACUCAAAAUAAUGAGUUGGCCUCAACAGCCAGCGUGCUUAGGGAGCAAGUAGCCCAGCUGAAGCAGAAGGUGAUGAACCACGUUAGCAGCGGGUGUCAGCUUUUGCCAAACCAGAAACAGCAAGUUUGGAUUUUGUACAGCACUGUGCAGAGUUGUGCAGGACUUUAUAACCAAAGCUGCAAGUUGAUUUGA